AUGCGUUGCCAGCAUCAGCGGGCGGUCUACCACGCAACGCAGAAGCAGUGUAGUGGCAGUGGGGUCACGGCGGCGGCGCUGCAUGCGAACCGCACCUCUGCUGUAGACACGCUCACGCCCGCGGGCGUGGCACAGCGCGGUGUGGCGCAUCAGAAGCUCCGGGUCGCUGUUGACGUGGACGAAG